ACAUGAUGAACCAAAGAUUCUACAAGCACCAACAACCAAAACUCUAAUCUCCUCCACCAAUCAAGAAUCCAACAGCUUCAUACCCACUGGCCACUUCUCCCAGGGCCAUGUGACGGUAACGAAAAGGAGAUAGGGGCUCGGCAAAUAGGCACCCCAGCUCGACACCGUUUCGUCGCACUUGCAGAUGAAAGGUUGCCUUUCAGGGUUUCUCUGUCCACCAAAACAAGGGAAUGGCUUCUGGGACCCGCCUUCUCUGUUUUAAUCUUCAUGGCAACGCGUGCAAAAGGCACAUUCUACCUCGGUACCCCUGCUUAAAGCAUAGCAAGAGAUACAUAACAACCCGAUCCCAACUCCUUCACUUCCUGCUUCAAUUCUCCCCGCUAUUCCCCAAACUUUGCUCCCUCCCUCGCUCCGUUAUCCGAAUAAUGUCUGGAACACUAGACCUUAAUGAGUUUCCAUUCUUCAACAUACCAGGUUAUCAAGACCAGCUCAACUGCGCCCAGGCGUGCGAAAAGUUCUUAGCAUUCAAUGGCUGCUCGACCCCCAAAUGUUUCUGCUCGCCUGAAAACUUCAUCCCUGGAGGCGAGAAGGCAAUGGCUACUUGUUUGUCUACAUUUUGUAGCUCUUCACAAGUUGCUGCAGCAGAGACCUUUACAGCGAGUGUUUUCUCGGCGUAUUGUGCUUCGAAAGGAUUUACAAAUUUGGCCCAGGCGACUCCUGCGUCGAGCUCAUCAACGUCAUCGAGUACCGCGAUAUCAACGAGCUCCAGUUCUACAACUUCGCUAGCAAACGCAAAAACUUCAAGCGCGGCAACUACGACCUCCGGCAAUGCUAUUUCCCCGACAGACCUUCCUCUAGGGCAUCAUCAUCUGCACCGACUUCCCACAAAUCGGGCCUCUCCUCUGACGCACGGGUUCGCAAGUUCUCUGCUCCGCGGACUGCAGGAGUUCCUGCAGGCGACCGGAGCAAAGAGAAAACGUUGGGAGCACGAGUGUUAAAGCUGGAGGAUACACAGAUUCAUGCACUGUCUCUAGUUUUUCCGCAAGGUCCACGGAGCCCAUGCAGGAAGAGGCGCUGCCAGCAGCCCAGGAGUUGGAGCCAAGAGAUACGCAGGUUCGUGAGGCAUUUGCACAGCCUGGAGAAUUGGGAGAAGGGCAGACGCUGCGAUGGGAAUUGGAUGGCAGCAUGAGAUAAUAAUUAUUACUUAUUCUACGGUUG